UUUUCCUUUCCUCUUCGGCGUGUGGUCCGCGGUACAAUACCUAAAUGGCUAAAUAGAUCCUCAGUGAAGACAAGAUUUUCCCGUCCGUCUACGAGGGGCUUCUGCUGAGAUUCGUGGGAUUUGGGUCUUCAUUCCAAUUCCAGCUGGAGCUGCAGCUAGGUAAUUGGCCCGAGUUCGAACCCCCACUCCAAAGUAUUAGGCCACGUGGGCCUGUUCCUUCAGUGGCGGGGCACCUGCUCAUAAGCCGUUCCGCCAGCAAGGACCUCCAGCUUAUCAAGUAAACCCCGGUCCCCCACUAACCACCAUGCUCACUAGUAGGGGACGGUUGAGUGCGUGAAUGGGGCUUCGAAAUCGAGGAAUUCGGCAGGGAAUUUCCUGCCUUUACACCCGAGCACAGUACUGGUGGAUGGCUUGUUUACGAGGCGCCAAAAGAUCAGUAGUAUUCUUGUUCAAGGAAGUUAGCACUAAUAAGAAGGUUAGUCGCAGUUAUACUUCUUGGGCAUUUACAGGAGGUCAGUUUGUUGAAGCUAGACAAGUCGGUAACCUGCCAAGCUCUUUGAGGUUGAUGCCCCUAAGAAGGUUUAGUUCGGAAGUCUCGGCUGCAGAGCAGAUGAAUCUUAUUAGGCAACUGAGAGAGAAAACUAGCGCCCCAAUUAAAGAUGUCAAAUCUUCUCUUGUUAGUUGUAACUGGGAUAUCGAGGCUGCACAAAAGGACCUGAGGAAGAGAGGAGUAGUUAUGGCUUCGAAGAAGUCUUCACGGACUGCUGCUGAGGGUUUGCUUUCAGUAGCACAGACUGAGAACAAGGCUGUUGUUGUUGAACUUAAUUGCGAGACAGAUUUCGUUGCAAGGAACGACAUAUUUCAGUACAUGGCCUUAUCUUUGGCAAGGACAGCUCUACUUGAAAUUUUGGAGAACAUGAAGAUUAACCUGAAACACCCAAAGCUUUGGGGAGAAACUACAGUGCAAAGCGCUAUUACAGAAGUGGCAGCAAUGGUUGGUGAGAAUGUGAAGUUUCGAAGAGGUUUCACAUUGUCAACGUCUUCACAUGGUGCUGUGUGCUCUUAUCUCCAUACAUGCCCUCAGCCAGGAUUGGGUCGUAUUGCUGGAUUAGUAACUCUAGAAGCAGAUGACAGCAAUGUAUCUCUGGAUGCACUUCAACGGGUUGGUUCCUCAAUAGCAAUGCACAUAGUGGCAGCAAAACCACUGUUCUUGUCAAAGGAUCUUGUCCCUUCUGAAGCAAUUGAGAGUGAGCGUGAAAUUCUCAAAACUCUGGCAGAAAGCUCAAAGAAACCCCAAAUAGCCAUUCAGAAGAUGGUGGAAGGUCGUUUAAGGAAAUAUUUUGAAGACGUUGUAUUGCUUGAGCAGAAGUUUGUUAUGAAUGAUGGUGUCAAUAUCCAGUCUCUCCUAAAGGAAUUAUCAAAAGAAGUGGGCUCAUCUGUUAGGAUUGGCAAUUUUCUCAGAGUGGAAGUUGGAGAAGGAAUUCAGAGGUAAGCAUUUUGAUUCGGUGAAAUC